AUGUUCAGCCAUAUUCAACGCCAAGUAUCGUGGCGGGAAUUAGCAAUGACAGCAACGAUCGAUUUUACUUUUCGAGUGGGCAGAAAGUUUCUAGACGCCUACUUUAGCAAUAUUCACUGCAUUCAGCCUAUUUUCGACGAAGAGGAGUUUUUGACUCGCUGUGAAGAUUUAUGGUUUGGCAAGCUUGAGAGGCAGCCUGUUUCUUUUGUUGCCCUCUAUUACGCAACCUUGAGCCUAGGAAGCCUUGUGAUGGUUUGGGAUGAAAGGGAGAUAUACGGCGAAGAUCGUUUCUCAUGGAGCCGAAAGCUUUUCAAUCAGGCUCUUGGGGUUGUAACGCAGCUGGGAUCGGGGACAGAUUUGGAGAUGGUUCAGUGCUACUAUAUGAUGCCUUCUGACCCCAGGUCGUCUACUACAGCAGCAAAGACGUGGUGGGCUGUUUAUUGGCUUGAUAUACAGACGAGCUUUGCACUUGGCAGACCAGACAGUUUAGGCCCCGAUGAGUAUCACACCCAGGAUAUUCCGGGAACUUCGGGGUCUUUCGAGGGAGACCAUGCUACCAGCAGUCUUCAUGUGCUACAGGUUGUUCCAUGCAUGGUUAAACUGGCAAGUAUCAUGCGAAAAGUCAGCCUUAGGCUGUACAGUCUACCAUGUCCCUUGCGGGAAGAACUCUCUCGGGCAACAGAGUUGGACGCGCAGCUGGACUACUGGUUCCAAUCAAUUCCUUGCCAUUUGAAGCCGGAAAAUACGACUGCCCAUGCAUCACCUUUAAAGCGCACAACAGCAAGCUUUGUCAAGAAGCAAUCGGUCGUAUUGAUGACACGCUACUACAAUCUUCGGAUGAUAAUAUUUGGCAAGUCCUUAACAGUAACCAAGGGGACUGAGGCGGAAAUGGCGACAAUCCGCGAAUGUCAACAGAAAUGCAUUGAAUCUGCGAAUCAAGCAAUCGAUCUUGUUUAUGAUACAUUUCGAAACUCCGACUUCUUCCAAACCUGGUGGUAUAAUUCAACGUAUAUAUUGUUCGCAGUUAGUGUUCUCCUCACUGGGAUUUUUCGCGGCUUUUCACAGGACAAAAAAGCACUCGAUACGCUUUUCAAAAAGGUUGAUCGUGCAAUUGCUAUUCUGGAUGUUCUGAGCGAGUGUGUCGUGACUAGAAAUGCGACCAUUAUCAUCAAAAGAACGCUUGCUCGGGCAAAGAAAGUAUCAAAAUGA